AUGAGGGCGGUCACGCUCCUGCUCGGCCUGGCGCUGCUGGCUCCACCGGCUGCUGGCGCCGGCAUGGGUGCGUGUUACGACGGCCAGGGGCGCCCGCAGCGCUGCCUGCCAGUGUUCGAGAACGCGGCUUUUGGCAGGAGCGCGGAAGCCUCACACACGUGCGGCCACCCUCCGGAGGACUUCUGCCCGCACGUGGGAGCGCCGGGCGCUGCGGCUCAGUGCCAGCGCUGUGACGCCGCAGACCCUGAUCGCCACCACAACGCCUCCUACCUCACCGACUUCCACAGCCAGGAUGAGAGCACCUGGUGGCAGAGCCCGUCCAUGGUUUUUGGCGUGCAGUACCCCACUUCGGUCAACAUUACCCUCCGCCUGGGGAAGGCUUAUGAAAUCACUUAUGUGAGGCUGAAGUUCCACACCAGUCGCCCUGAGAGCUUUGCCAUUUACAAGCGCAGCCGUGCCGGUGGCCCGUGGGAGCCCUACCAGUACUAUAGCGCCUCCUGCGAGAAGACCUACGGCAGGCCCGAGAGGCUGUACCUGCGCCCCGGCGAGGACGAGCAUGUGGCCUUCUGCACCUCCGAGUUCAGUGACAUCUCCCCGCUGAGUGGAGGCAACGUGGCCUUCUCUACCCUGGAGGGACGGCCCAGCGCCUACAACUUCGAGGAGAGCCCCGUGCUGCAGGACUGGGUCACCAGCACUGAGCUCCUCAUCUCCCUAGACCGGCUCAACACAUUUGGGGACGACAUCUUCAAGGACCCCAAAGUGCUCCAGUCCUACUACUAUGCCGUGUCCGACUUCUCCGUGGGCGGCAGGUGCAAGUGUAAUGGGCAUGCCAGCGAGUGUGGCCCCAGUGAGGAAGGCCAGCUAGUCUGCCGGUGCGAGCACAACACCACCGGCCCAGACUGUGAGCGCUGCCUGCCCUUCUUCCAGGACCGCCCGUGGGCCCGAGGUGCGGCCGAGGCUGCCAACGAAUGUCUGCCCUGCAACUGCAGCGGCCGCUCAGAGGAAUGCACCUUUGACCCGGAACUCUUCCGCAGCACAGGGCAUGGCGGGCGCUGCCAUCACUGCCGCGACCACACUGCCGGGCCACACUGCGAGCGCUGCCAGGAGAACUUCUAUCGCUGGGACACACAGAUGGCAUGCCAGCCCUGUGACUGCCACCUGGCAGGCUCCCUGCACCUCCAGUGUGAUGGCUCGGGCGCCUGCACCUGCAAACCUACUGUGACGGGCUGGAAGUGUGACCGCUGCCUGCCCGGGUUCCACUCACUCAGCGAGGGAGGCUGCAGACCCUGCACCUGCAAUCUUGCUGGCAGCCUGGGUACCUGUGACCCCCGCGGUGGACACUGCCCCUGCAAAGAGAAUGUGGAAGGCAACCUGUGUGACAGAUGCCGCCCAGGGACGUUUAACCUGCAGCCACACAACCCAGCUGGGUGCAGCAGUUGCUUCUGCUACGGCCACUCCAAGGUGUGUGCAGCCGCCACCCAGUUCCGAGAGCACCACGUCCUCUCCGACUUCCGCCAGGGAGCCGAGGGCUGGGGAGCCAGAAACGCGGGGGGCCUGGAGUACCCUGCACGAUGGACCCCGAGGGGGAUCAUCCUGAGCCCAGAAUCCGGGGAGGAGCUCACAGCACCAGAGAAGUUCCUGGGAGACCAGCGGUUCAGCUACGGGCAGCUCCUCACAGUGAUUUUCAGGGUGCCCCCUGGGCACUCCCUACUCCCCAUGCAACUGUGGCUGGAAGGGGCAGGAUUGGCCUUGUCUCUGCGGCACUUCAGCCUGUCCAGCCCCCAGGAUACUGGGCAGCCCAGGGAGGUGCAGCUUAGGUUCCAGCUGCAGGAAACCUCUGAGGACGCAAACCCUCUGCUGCCCGCCUUCCACUUUCAGCGGCUCCUCGCCAAUCUCACUGCUCUGCGCAUCCAGGCCAGCAGCCAAAGCUCAAACCCUCCCGGUCCUCCCCCUGCAGGCCAAGUGGUCCUGACUGAGGUCCGGCUCACGUCAGCCCAGCAGGGACGUUUCCCCCCAGCCUCCUGGGUGGAGACUUGCUCAUGUCCCAUGGGGUAUGUGGGCCAGUUCUGUGAAUCUUGUGCUCCAGGAUACAAGAGAGAGACACCAAUGGGGGGUCCCUAUUCCAACUGUGUCCCCUGUACCUGCAACCAGCAUGGUACCUGUGACCCCAACACAGGGACCUGCUUGUGUGGCCACCACACUGAGGGCCCAUCCUGUGAGCGCUGCCUGCCAGGUUUCUAUGGCAACCCCUUCACAGGCCAAGCCGACGAUUGCCAGCCCUGUCCGUGCCCUGGGCAGUCGGCCUGUGCGACCAUCCCAGAGAGCAGGGAGGUGGUGUGUACCCACUGCCCCCCAGGCCAGAGAGGGCGCCGCUGUGAGGUCUGUGAUGAUGGCUUUUUUGGGGACCCACUGGGGCUCUCUGGGCCCCCCAAGCCCUGCCAGCAGUGCCAGUGCAGCGAGAACAUAGACCCCAACGCCGUGGGCAAUUGUGACCCCCUGUCUGGCCGCUGUCUGCGCUGCCUCCACAACACGACAGGGGCACACUGUGAGCACUGUCAAGAGGGCUUCUACGGGAGCGCCCUGGCCCCUCGGCCUGCAGACAAGUGUGUGCCCUGUAGCUGCACCCUGGGGGGCUCGGUCAGUGAGCAGCCACCCUGCGACCCAGUGACCGGCCAGUGCUCUUGCCUGCCUCAUGUGACUGGACGGGAUUGCAGCCACUGCAGCCCUGGCUUCUAUGACCUUCAGCCCAGGAGGGGCUGCCGGAGCUGCAAGUGCCACCCGCUGGGCUCCCAGGAGGACCAGUGCCACCCAAAGACUGGGCAGUGUCCGUGCCGACCAGGCGUGGGGGGCCAGGCCUGUGACAUAUGCCAGCAGGGUUUCUUCGGCUUCUCCGCCAAGGGCUGCCGGGCCUGCAAGUGCUCCCCGCUGGGCGCUGCCUCCAUCCAGUGCUAUGAGAACAGCACGUGUGUGUGCAGGCCUGGCUUCGUAGGCUACAAGUGUGACCGCUGCCAGGACAACUUCUUCCUCACGGGCGGUGGCUUGCACUGCCAGGAGUGCCCGUCCUGCUACAUCCUGGUGAAGGAGGAGGCUGCCAAGCUGAAGGCCAGGCUGACCCUGAUGGAGGGGUGGCUGCAGGGGCCAAGCUGUGGCAUCCCUUGGGAACCACUGGAUGUUCUUCAGGGAGAGGCCCCACAGGGAGAUGUCUACCAGGGCCACCACCUGGUGCAAGGGUCCCGGGAAGCCUUUCUGGAGCAGAUGACAGACCUCAAGGGUUCUGUGAAGGCUGCCCGGGAGCAGCUGCAGGUGCUGAGCAGGAGUGCCUGCUGUGCCCAGGCCAGAGCUGAGAAGACCUGCGUCCAGCUGGCCGAUCUUGCAGCGGUGCUGGAGUCCUCGGAGGAGGAGAUUCUGCACGCAGCCACCGUUCUCUCAUCUCUGGUGAUUCCUCAGGAAGGGCCCGGUCAGCUUACCAACUGGAGCCAGCUGGCCACAGAGGCCCGAGCUCUAGCCAGGAGCCACUGGGACACCGCCAUCAAGAUCAAGGCCACUGCUCAAAGGGCCCUGCUUGCCUCCAACACCAGUUACACGCUCCUCUGGAAUCUGGUGGAGGGUAGAAUGGCCAUGGAGACUCAGCGGGAACUGGAGGACAGGUACCAGGAGGUCCAGGGAGCCCAGAACGCACUGGGCACAGCUGUGGCAGAGGUGCUGCCUGAAGCCAAGGAGGUGCUGGCCUCCGUGCGGCAAGUCAGCACAGACGGAGCCCUGAGCCUGGUCUCGCUGUCUGCCUCGGGGACACUGCCUCAGAAGCCCCUGGCCCAUGACCUGGGCCUGAAGGUGCAGACCCUGGAGAACACAGUUACAGCCAGAGAGCGUGUGACCACCAAAGCUGUCCAAGACCUCCAAGCCACUGCCCAGGAGGCGCUGCAGAAGACAGAACCCCUCACACAGCUGUACCAGGAGGCCAGAGCUGCCCUGACGCGGGCUUCCUCAUCUGUCCAGGCUGCCACAGUGACCGUCAUGGGAGCCAGGACACUGCUGGCUGACCUGGAAGAAAUGAAGCUGCAGUUUCCUCAGCCCAAGGACCAGGCCACACUGAGGAGGAAGGCAGGCAUCAUCCAGGACCGGCUCCUUGCAGACACGAAGAAGAAGACCAAGCAGGUGGAGAGGAUGCUGGGAAAUGCGGCAUCUGUCUCCUCUACUGCCAAGAAGAAGGGCAGAGAAGCAGAGCUGUUGGCUAAGGACAGUGCUAAGCUUGCCAAGGCUUUGCUGAGGAAAGGGAAACAGGAGCGGCGUCGUGCCAGCCAGCUGACCAGCCAGACAAAGGCAACGCUCUGCCAGGCCUCCCAGCAGGCGCUGGCCUCUGGAGCGCGCCGACAGGAGCUUGAGGAAGCUAAGUGGGUGGGUGCCGGGCUGAGCGAGCUGGCGUGGCAGAUCCGGGAGUCGCGCAUAUCCCUGGAAAUGGACAUGAAGGCUUUGUCGGAGCUACUUGCCAGGCUGGGGUCAUUGGACACCCACCGAGCCCCAGCCCAGGCCCUGAAUGAGACCCAGCAAGCCCUGGAGCACCUGAGGCUUCAGCUGGGCUCACUAGGGGCCCUGCAGGGGAAACUGAGGCUUUUGGAGCAGGAGUCUGAGCAGCAGGAGCUGCAGAUCCAGGACUUUGAAAGUGACCUUGCUGAGAUCCGUGCUGACAAGCAGAACUUGGAAGCCAUCCUGCACAGCCUGCCUGAGGGCUGUGCCAGCUGGCAGUGA